AUGCCAGCGAGCCGGAGAUCGCUCUAUCCUAACUUGAUCCGGUCACAGGACAACCGGAGAAUCAGACCCAACGAACUACCGGCCCGACCGCUGCGACCCCUGGCCCCGAAGCCCAUCCGGGAAAUUCAGCACCUAGAGGCUCGUGGGAUCCACCGACAGCACCCUGCGCAAGAGGCCCGUCCGGAUCCUCGGCUCUUUGUUUUUCAGGCCCGUCAUAUGGAGGACGAUGCCACACCAUGGCUGCUGCAGACAGACUGGCUUCGAUUCCUGGAUGGCCGUUAUCUUCGGGUGUUGGCCGAAGCGUCCGCGCCAGACCCUGGCCGGCUGCAGAGCCAUCCAGGUCUGCAAUCUUUCUGGCCAGGAGCGCUAUGGGACGAUAAGGAGUUAGUCCCAGAUGAGCCCGCAGGGGAGCAUCCAGCAGAUGUCGGUCAACAUUUUAGACCUGGUUAUUGCAUCGUUUGA